AUGGGGUAGCAUAGAAAACUUCAUUAGGACAUUAGACUUAAACAGGUAUUCUCAAAUGUAAGACUUUCUCCUUAAAAGUAGCAGUAAUAAUUUUUGCCUUCAACUCAUAGCAAUUAACUAUCACCAUCUAGAUUAUUCGAAGACAAAAUGAUUCAAGUCAAUUUAAUUACAGAGCAAGCAUCACUUAAAACUUUACCUUAGAAUCAAAGUAAAUGUAUAUCCAAGCGAUCAAAUGGACAUAGAAUUGUUGCUUCUUAGUCUAAUGAUAUGCUUACCACAAAAUCUAGUCAGAUGUCUAAUUAAAAUUAGCCUGGGUUGUAAAAUUAGGCAAGUUCAACUACCUUACACAGAGGUAUUUCAUUCGGGAUCAAGCAGCAAUAUCAAAUAAGUAAAGAUGUCAUCUUAUAGGACUUUGACCCAACUAUAGACUAGGUAUAAACCUCUCUUAAUUAAGAAGAUACAUUUAAUGAUGAUGGUAAGCACUGUAAUAGUGUGGAAAUUAUUAAUACUUAAACCAUACUAUCAAGAAAUAACCAGAAAUUUGAGGUUUAUCAAUAUUAGAAAGAUGAAACAUAAGAGUCACAAGAAGAUAAGGAAUCAAGUUAAAAAUUUGAUUAGACUCUUAUUUAAGCAUAAAAGGUUCUAUUGAAAUAGAGGACUAAGUAAUAGAUCAUUUAACAAAGAAAUAAGAUUUAAAUGUCACUUCAAGAUCUGACAAAGAAAAAUCUAGAUGCUUCUAUCAAUAUUAGAAACGUUAAUAAUGAUAUGAAAUCUAGAAUGCAUGAUAAGGAAAAUGAGAAAUUCACAACAUAUAUCCAAACAAUGAGUUCAGAUUUGAAUAACAUUCUCAGUAAAAUGCCUUCAGAUGAUUCAGGCUCAUUAAUGUCCAUCAAAUUUGAGGAUAUCGAGAGGUAAUAUAAAAAUUUUGGAAUCAAUAGUUAGAGUAUUUGUAACAUAAAUUCUAACGAAAAGGACGAAAUGAUUGACUAAUUGGAUUAGACCAUUAUUUAAGUUAAUCUAUAAGAUGUCAGCAAUAAAAUUUAAGUGGGUGGUGGAAAUCUUAGCAGUCGCAGAAACUAGUCACUUAGGUGA